UCGAAGGCUCCCGCCAACAGCAGUCACUCCACGACAACCGCCAGUCAACGUAAUCCAUCGCUGCAUGAAAAUUCAUCCACUCCCGGUGUCUACUCAGUAAACAUGGCGGAUGCCGAGUUAUCGAGGGCCCUCAGGGAUUUACCGAAUCGUGUGCAGACGUCAAGUAAAAAAGAACGUCAGGAAAUCAUCCAGAAUGUCAUCAGUGUGUUGUCAAACCCAGGUCUCAAUGAGAAGAUUGUCAGUGGUAUAUGCAAGGUGGUAUCGAUCACUCUUCAUCGAUACAGGGACACAGCCUCACAGUCUUAUGUCAGAAAGUUGAUUGCUGAGUUGCUGAAGCACCAACCUGAUGCCACCAUCAAGGGGAUGACGGGGGUUAUUGUAGAGCAGGCGGGGUGGCACCAGAAUGUUGUGCCCACCUGUAGCACAUCGUUAACCGCGUACCAAGCGCUGAAAUGGUCGGCCCUAACGCUCUCCGCACUCUUGAAAACCGCGACAUACGCGACCUCGCCGGACCUUCCGAAGUUACUCGAGUCGCAGGCGCUGCUCUCAGCCGCGUCCCUCGCGUGUGCCCCACGUCCUCUCCCCCCGAAGCUAACAACCCUCCUGACCCAUCUCUGGGGGGCUCUAUCGGCUCCCCAGCUGGUGACCUACACAGAAACCCUGAUCAAUCUGCCGCCCUCCCCAGGUCAAAUAGUCCUGGCGAGUCUCCUCACCAGCCACCUGAUCGCCUCAAACAACGAGGCCCUCGCGGACACCCUGAAGUCCCCGAUAAUAUCAACCCUCAUAAAAACAACGAUAAGCAGUAAAGCAAAGCCCGAUCCUUACCUGUUGACCUCCGCAUCGCCGUUCCUCAAGCGUCUCACUUGCGAGGACUUCAAAUCCCAGAUUCUCCCAGCCCUCCAGAAAGCGAUGCUUCGUAAUCCGGAGAUAAUAAUUCAAUCCGUCGGGCAGAUCCUCUCCCACCUCUCACUGGACCUCUCACCAUACGCUCUGGACCUCUCAAAAUACCUUUUUGCAAAUCUCCACUCGAAGGAGGAUUCAGUUCGCUCGGAGUCGGUGCGCGCGAGCAAGGAACUCUCCCUCAAAUGCUCAGACGCCAAGACCCUGGAGUCCCUCCUGUCCUCCCUCUUCGCGAUAUUCCACGGCUCCGAGGGUAAACUGACCCUCGCCGACCACAAGAUCUCGGUGUUGGAGGGCGCGGGUAACUUGAGUUACAAUUCUGCAAAUGAAAGCGCAUCGGAGAGACUCGCGGAAUCUGCGAUGAUGCAUUUCAUCAAGGUCCUGGACACUGAAGUCCACGAGAAGACCCUCAUUCACGCCCUGGAGAUGCUCAGUCUCUGGUGCGAAAAAUUCAAGGCAGCACCACCACAAGUUCUUGAGGCCUUUAAGAAAGGCAUCAACGCUAAGUCGUCAACAUCUGGCACUCGAAUCGCCUACUUCAAGCUGUUGUUUCACUUGCCGAUGGUGGCAACAUCGGCAACAAUAGCUCCGAUACUAUCGCAAGCGAUCACCAGAGCUGUUCAACAGUCCGCGCAACCAUUAGCAGUUACGGAGAGUCUGAUUGCGUCGCACCUUCUUCUGAAGUUCGUCAUCGCGGGGCAGGUGGAGAAUGAUAAGCAGAGUAUCCUCUGGUCGUCGAUCGAUGACCAGAUCUUCUUCUCGGAUAAGUACCUAGCGUCCCUCAGUGACGAGGAAACCACUUACCAUUUGAUGCAGUUUUGCACACUUCUGAUGUCUAAUUACUCAGACAAAUUGAAUGAGAAGUCGCUGAAUGCGGUGCACCGGGCGGUCAUCAUUUGCCUCGUCUCCCCGAGCUCGACAACGCGAAAGAAAUGUGCGCCACUGAUAACCGGUCUGUUCAGGGAACUGAGCACCUACGAGCCGGGGCUUAAGAGCCUCAUCAAGGAGUUCAACAGAUACGUUAGUCUCGAGAAAGAAUGGAAGGAGGAUUCUGGAACAAAUGAAGCUAAUGGUCGAGCCCUUGCCGAUGGUCUUCUCGCCAUCUGUUCAGCAACAUUCCUCUAUGAGUCAUCAGCUCUUGAGCUCGUUGGAGACGCUCUCAUCCCCGCCCACCAUCCGAUAAUCCUCAAAUCAGUACCGAAUCUGUGGAUGAAGAUCUGUAAACACCAGAAAUUGACUCCAGAAAGCUUUUUCAGCGGCUAUGGAAAUCAGAUUCAAAGGAUCUUCAUUGACAACUACCAACCAACACCAUCUUAUGAAAAUUCUUUGUCAGUUAUUGUCCAACAUUCCGAGAAGAUUGUCCCCGCACUGGUGAAACGAGUGACUGAAGAUCUCAAUGACCCUGAAAUCAUCCAAGUCACGAAAGACGAGUUCUUCACAUAUUUGACGCCCGAGGGAGAGCUCUACGACAAGUCCGUUCUCCCCGGAACCGAUGACAACGACAUCCUCAACUCCAUGAACAUGAAACGCGAAUCUAAAGUCUAUUCCUUUAAGGAACAGCAGGAAGAGCUGCAGCUGCGUCGGGAGUUGUACGAGAAGCGUAAGCGAGAGGGAAAAAUAAAGGAGCAAAAACUAACGCCAAAGCAGGAAGAGGCGAUCAAGGCGCAGGUGACACGUGAGAACGCUAUCAGGAAAAGGUUGAAGGAUCUCAAUGACAAGAUCACGACUGCUGUGUCGAUGGUGAAGGCUGGGCUGACUGGAAACUCUUUCUCAAUGUGCCUGCACUUCAAGGAUCUUCUCCCGAGUCUCUUGAGGAACUUGGACAGUCCACUAGCAGCUCCAGUGAUCACCAAGCUGUACCUCGACCUGAGUAGGACUCUCCAGGUAGACGAUCAGAGCUUGAUAACCCUCGUUGGGCACGUGACGCUGAGACAGCUGGCGCCCCAAUGCGAUUUGGACCCAGCGUGGGACGAGGAGGAGCUUGACAAGGCAAUCAAGAGAACUGUGAACUAUCUCCACACCAUCACUGUCAAGGACAAGCGGCCUCUCAAUGCCCCGGCUUUCUGCUACGUCUUCCCCUUCAUUUCGAGGACGUUUACAACGUGCCAUGAGGAAGGGAUCAUCAUCCAGGAUCUGCAAAUUAUCCAGGAACAUGUGAAACAACGAGCUGACACCGAUCAUGCAAAAGAUCCGAGACAUGCACGAUUACUCCCUAGACGACAGAUGCUGGAUCUCCUUAUUGACCUGAUGAGUACCACGUCAGGUCGGGUACAUUCUCACGCAGUGGCGACCUUCCUGGAUGUGGCGCACUCUGGAAGUGGGGAAAUCGGAGAGAAUGGAAAACAGACGGCUCUCUCCCAGCCCGAUGAGAUCGAUUCUCUUAUCAAUGGUCUUGAAAAUCCAGCGGCGUCUGUCCGUGAUGCUGCUCUACGUGCCCUCAUGAUUGUCAAGAAGAGCUUUCCCACGGCAAAAUCUAAUUAUGAUCAGCUUUUGAGAUUGACGCGUCGUCUGUGGAUCGCCAAGUUCGACGUUUCUGAUGAGAACAAAAUCCUGGCAAAUGACAUAUGGGAGGCAGUGGGCUUCUCCUCAUCGAACGGUGAAAUCCUCUGUGAAGAACUGAUUCCAGAUGUUGCACAUCCCGUUGAACCCAUUCAACAAGCAGUGGCUCAUGCACUUGCUAAUCUCCUCCAGUCAAAUCCUCACCUGCUCCCGAGUAUUCUCGAGAGUCUUCUGAAGUUGUACCAAGAAAAGUUGGCGAUGAUUCCCCCAAAACUUAACGAUUUCGGCCGCGUUGUUGAGCAGCCCAUUGACAUCUGGGGGCCCAGAAGAGGUGUGGCAUUAGCUCUAGCUCAACUAGCCCCACUGCUAACCCCGGAGACCAUCAAUCCACUUAUUCAAUUCUUUGUAUCCACGGGUUUGGGGGACAGAAACUCAUCGGUUCGCCAGGAGAUGUUGACGGCAGCUCUGGCUGCUGUGGAUCUUCAUGGAAAAGCAAAUAUAACCUCGCUCCUCCCAGUUUUCGAAGACUUCAUGGAUAAGGCCCCAAAGAUCGGCAGCUUUGACUCCAUAAAACAGUCCGUUGUUAUUCUCAUGGGCUCCCUAGCACGUCAUCUCGACAAAGACGACACGAGAAUCGAGCCCAUCGUCGGACGUCUCUUAUCGGCCCUUUCAACUCCAUCCCAACAAGUCCAGGAAGCCGUUGCCAACUGUCUCCCACAUCUGGUUCCCUCCAUCAAGGACGAGGCUCCCAAAAUCGUCGACAAACUAAUGGAUGUACUCCUCAAGUCCGACAAAUACGGUGCACGCAAGGGUGCGGCUUAUGGACUCGCGGGGAUCAUAAAAGGAAUGGGAAUCCUCGCCCUGAAACAGCUUGACAUUAUGACGACCCUGACUAAUGCUAUUCAGGAUAAGAAGAACUACAGACAUCGAGAGGGUGCACUCUUCGCCUUCGAGAUGCUCUGUACGAUGUUGGGAAGACUAUUCGAGCCGUAUAUUGUCCACGUUCUCCCCCACCUGCUUCUGUGCUUCGGGGACUCCUCGCAGUAUGUCAGAACCGCAGCAGAUGACACCGCUAGAGUUGUCAUGUCCAAACUAUCUGCCCAUGGUGUCAAGCUAGUUCUACCAUCUCUUCUUGCUGCCCUGGAAGAGGACUCCUGGAGGACGAAAACCGGUUCUGUGGAGCUACUCGGUGCAAUGGCCUACUGCGCACCCAAACAACUCAGUAGUUGUCUCCCCAGUAUUGUUCCCAAGCUGAUUGAAGUCUUGUCGGAUUCUCAUACAAAAGUUCAGGAGGCUGGCGCUGAAGCUCUGAAGGUCAUUGGAUCGGUUAUCAGGAAUCCGGAGAUUCAGGCAAUUGUGCCGGUAUUGUUGAAGGCCCUUCAGGAUCCCUCUCGAAAGACUGCCACAUGUCUUCAGACACUUCUUGACACCCAGUUCGUUCAUUUCAUCGACGCACCAUCACUCGCGUUGAUAAUGCCCGUGGUCCAGCGUGCAUUCAUGGACAGGUCCACCGAGACGAGAAAAAUGGCCGCCCAGAUCAUCGGAAACAUGUAUUCAUUGACAGAUCAGAAGGAUCUGACGCCUUAUCUACCGACAAUCAUUCCGGGGCUGAAGAUGAGUCUUUUGGAUCCUGUUCCGGAAGUGAGAAGUGUCUCCGCAAGGGCAUUGGGAGCAAUGGUUCGAGGAAUGGGCGAGAGCAGUUUCGAGGAUCUUCUCCCGUGGUUGAUGCAGACAUUGACAUCGGAAACGAGCUCGGUAGACAGAUCUGGUGCGGCCCAAGGAUUGUCGGAAGUUGUGAGAGGACUUGGAGUUGAAAAAUUGCACAAGCUGAUGCCUGAGAUCAUCAGCACAGCUGAACGAACGGAUAUCGCGCCCCACGUCAAAGACGGUUAUAUCAUGAUGUUCAUCUACAUGCCGAGUGCCUUCACAUCAGAGUUCACCCCGUACAUUGGACAGAUUAUCAAUCCCAUCUUGAAGGCACUGGCUGAUGAGAACGAAUAUGUCCGAGAAACGGCACUUCGCGCCGGCCAGAGGAUCGUCACACUGUACGCAGACUCGGCGAUUAUGCUGUUGUUACCGGAACUGGAGAAGGGACUGUUCGACGACAACUGGAGGAUUCGAUACUCCUCGGUGCAGCUCCUGGGAGAUCUGCUGUACAGGAUCUCUGGAGUGUCUGGAAAAAUGUCAACGGAGACGGCUAGUGAGGAUGACAAUUUUGGAACUGAACAGUCACAUCUGGCAAUCAUCAAGGCCCUUGGGGCUGAACGGAGAAAUAGAGUUCUCGCUGGUCUGUAUAUGGGACGUUCAGACGUCGCUCUGAUGGUGAGACAAGCUGCUCUUCAUGUCUGGAAGGUCGUUGUGACUAACACACCGAGGACUCUUCGAGAAAUCCUACCGACGUUGUUCAGUCUGUUGCUGGGUUGUCUCGCCUCGACUAGCUACGACAAACGACAAGUGGCAGCAAGAACUUUGGGAGACCUGGUGAGGAAGCUCGGUGAGAGGGUUUUACCCGAGAUCAUUCCCAUUUUGGAACGCGGCCUGCAGAGUGAUCAAGCUGAUCAACGCCAGGGUGUUUGCAUUGGGUUAUCUGAGAUAAUGGCAAGCACCAGCAAGGAUAUGGUGCUCACCUUUGUCAAUAGUCUGGUACCAACUGUGAGAAAAGCCCUCUGCGAUCCGCUGCCUGAAGUUAGACAAGCAGCAGCCAAAACAUUUGACAGCCUUCAUUCCACUGUUGGGGUACGUGCUCUAGAUGACAUUUUACCAGCAAUGUUGCAACAGUUGAACUCUAAGGAUCCAGCAAUUGCGGAGAGCACGUUAGAUGGCCUCAGACAAGUAAUGGCUAUCAAAUCCCGUGUCGUCCUUCCAUACCUCGUGCCCCAAUUGACCUCGCCUCCAGUCAAUACAAAAGCUCUCUCGAUCCUCGCUAGUGUGGCUGGUGAGGCCCUCACACGUUUCCUCCACAAGAUUCUCCCAGCCCUCCUCACAGCUCUCUCGACCUCCCAGGGGACUCCCUCGGAGCUUCAAGAGCUUGAGUACUGUCAGACAGUGGUUCUUUCCAUCACCGAUGAGGUUGGUGUUCGUACAGUGAUGGAUCAGCUGAUGGAAGCGACAAAAUCCGAACAUGUUUCUCGUCGUCGGGGCGCUGCCACUCUCCUCUGCGCCUUCUGCAGAGACUCCCGUGCAGAUUACUCACAAUAUGUUCCUCAGCUACUCAGAGGUCUCAUUCAUCUGUUUACGGAUGAUGACAAGGAGGUGUUACAGAAGAGUUGGGAGGCUUUGUCAGCCGUUACCAAGACACUUGAGUCAGAGCAACAGAUAGCGCAUCUUGGGGACAUCCGGCAAGCGGUGCGUUUUGCAGUUUCGGAUCUGAAGGGUCAGGAACUGCUGCCAGGAUUCUGUUUACCCAAGGGCAUCACCCCAAUCCUUCCGAUCUUCAGGGAAGCUAUUUUGAAUGGAUUGCCAGAGGCAAAGGAAGCUGCAGCUCAGGGGUUGGGGGAGGUUAUAAAGCUGACAAGUGCAGCUGCCCUUCAACCAUCGGUUGUUCACAUCACGGGACCUCUUAUCAGGAUCCUGGGAGACAGGUUUAACUGGUCAGUCAAAGCAGCUGUUCUCGAAACUCUCGCCAUUCUCCUGGGAAAAGUCGGGGUGAUGUUGAAGCAAUUCCUACCCCAGUUACAGACGACAUUCCUGAAAGCGUUGAAUGAUAAUAAUCGACAAGUUAGAUUGAAAGCUGCCUUUGCAUUGAGCAAUCUUAUCAUCAUCCACACGAGGGUGGAUCCAUUGUUCGCUGAACUGCAUACAGGUAUCAAGGGAGCCGAUGAUCCUGGAGUUAGGGAGACUAUGCUGCAGGCGUUGAGGGGAGUGUUGACACCAGCUGGAGAUAAGAUGACGGAGACCAUGAGGAAACAGGUGUUUGUGACGCUCAGUGGAAUGCUGGGGCAUCCGGAGGAUAUCACCAGGAGUGCUGUGGCUGGGUGCUAUGGAGCUCUUGUCAGAUGGUUGAGUCCUGAACAAUUAAAUUCCGCAUUCAACGAUAAUCUACUAUCAACUGACGUCAAUUGCGACUGGACAUUGAGACACGGCAGAACAGCCGCCCUUUUUGUGGCCCUUAAGGAAGCCCCCCAGGUAGUUUACACACCGAAGGAACAGGAGAGGGUCUGCAAAUUGAUACUGGGAUGUCUUGCUACUGACAAAGUCCAAGUUGUGAUGAAUGGAAUCCGCGCCUGCGGUUAUCUCUUUAAAUAUCUCAUGCUGGAGGGAGAGAGUAUUCCUCAAGGUGUUCUUGGGCCCUUCGUCAGGUGUAUGAAUAACAAUAGCAAUGAUGUCAAACAACUUAUGGCCAGGGUGUGCAUUCAUCUCGCCAGAAAUGUACCCAGUGAUAAAAUGUCCUUGGAACUCAUGAAGGCUAUUCUACCGAUGUUGGUGAAUGGAACUAAGGAGAAGAAUGGCUAUGUCAAGGCUAACAGCGAAUUAGCACUCAUCGCUGUACUGAGGCUGAAGCAAGGAGAAGAGGAUUAUCAGCGGUACACAGCCCUUCUAGACGCAGGUGCACGUGAAUCUCUUGCAGAUGUUGUCAGCAAAGUUCUCCGCAAAGUUUUAUCUCAACCCGAGGGAAAAAUCGAAGAAUUGGAUGAUACAUUACUCACCUGAGAGAUAAUAAUAAACUCGAGGCUCAAAAGACCGAAGAAAUCCCGAUUAAAAUAUAAAACAUUAAAGAAUGCAAUUAUUGGACAACUGACGAGAUUGAUAAUUCUGAUGGAAUUGCUCAAUUAUUCAAUUAUCAAAGAUAAUCGUAAUGAAUUUAAUCCAAAGAGAGUCAUAAAGAGAAUUAAUAUUUAUUGUUCACACUUUUCCAUUAAUUAUUUAAUCAAUUAUCUAGGUAAUUAUUCAAUUAAUGAGGGUAGAACAUUGUUUUGGAGAUUUGCAAAGUGGAAAUAUGAAUCGAUUUUUUUUUCGUUGAAUUUGUACUAAUAUGUUGGAAUAAUUGAUUAAAUUAAUUCUGUAGUUAAUUUGUUGAUUUGUUCAGCUGACUUUGAUGUUGAUAGAUCAAUUAUUCAAUCUGUUUAUUGAUUGAUUGAAUAAUUAGAGGUUUUUACAUUUUUAUAAACCACUUUUUUUAAUUUUGUAAAUUGAGAAAUUAAUGGAAAAGCCGAUGAAUAAUUGACUUUCGGAGAUAAUUAACGGUGGAGCCUCGGGAAUUAUUAACAGUCGUUCUCAUUAAUAUUCAACAUUUUUUAAAACAUUUGUAAAACGGCCCUACGUCACUGUAAUUCAUGUGUAAUUGAAUAAUUGUGAAUUAGUUGAGGUAUUAAUGAGAAAUCAAAUGUGUUAUACGUUUGUGAGAGUGGAGAACUGAUUGAGAGUCAUAUUAUACAUAAUAGGAUAAAGUCGAA